AUGUUAGCAGGAGCGGAGCGCUCACAGACGGAAGAAAGUUCGAAUGCGAUGAACAGACGUCAGCAGGAUGAGGCCAAUCCAUGCACAUGCAAAGCGUUCAUAGAGCGCCUGCCAGUGGCUCCCAAGCGAGUGAAGACGGAGAUGAAGGCUGAUGAUUUGAUAGAGUCUUCAGUUGCGGAGUGCAGUAUAUGUACUAUGGAGUUCGAGAAGGAGGAUGCUGAAGAUUCUAACUGUACUAGUCUACCCUGUGAGCACUUUUUCCAUAGGGACUGUUUGGUACCUUGGUUGGAAAAGAGCGACUCCUGUCCAGUGUGUCGGUACAAGUUACCGACGGACUCGGUGAAGUAUCUGAGAGAGAUAGGAGAGGAUGCUGAGGCUGAUAAAAUUGAGGCCGAGCGUCGGCGACAGAACCCCCUUCAUGCGUUCUUCUCGAGGAGACCCAUGAUGGGACGUGGGCCCGAGGCUGCUGCUGCUGCUGCCGUCGCCGCUGGCCCUUCCCACCCAGGCGUCCGUUGUGACAGCUGUGAGAUGUCACCUAUAAUGGGCCGCAAUAGGUGGAAGUGUGAGCAGUGUGAGGACUAUGAUCUGUGCGAUGCUUGCUAUCAUUCCUUCAUGGAUGGUCAAAGGGAUAUACCUGAGCAUGCUAGUAGAGGAACGCAGUUGCCGGAGGGACAAGAGCAUCAUACGUUUCGGUUGAUACGGAGUCCCGCUAGGAUGAUGACUGGUCGGGGAGAGGACGUCGGUGGUGAGGGAGGUCCUCGUAUUAUCACUCUGGACACGCUGCUUGGGUUAAUACAGUCUGGGAAUGUUGUGGUAGAGCAUAGGACUGACGAUGACGAUGAGGAUGACGAUGAGGAUGAUGAUGAUGAGGAUAUGGACUUAAGU